AUGAGUAAAUCAUCAAACCGAAUGUCCCAGGGAUCAGCGACAGAAAUAGAUAGAGAUGACGAGAACUAUUGUACAACACCAGAAUUUAUUUACGGUGGGCCAUUUAUUAAAGUAGAGAAACCGUGUCCUUUCUUGAAUACCGCUACACCUAUUAAUCUUCAGUUGCAAGGGAGCUUCAAAAAGAGUUUCGCGUACUACUCGUUAAAAGAACGCAUGCCUGUGAUAUUAACUAAAGUUAUAGACUAUCUUUCAAGGGAAGGGAACAAAAUAAAAUCAGGAAAUGGCGCUUCAGACGAAGACAUACGCAAUUAUAUACAGUACGUAACUAAACUAAAAAACGACUUGGUAACAAAUAAGAAAUACGAUCUUCUCACUGUUGACACUCCUGAAGCCCAAAGAUGGAACAAGUGGAUAGAGAGUUGUGAAACCCAAAACUAUUUCAUGAAUACAUGGGUGUUUACCGAGUGUUAUGUUUAUAGGAGGUUGCGAGAAGGUUGUGAAUCGACAAAAACGUUGGCUAAUUUUGAUCCAUUUGAUGAGCAGAAAGACCAGUCUUUCAACAAUAGUAUGGAGCCAAUGUGUGUAGUUGCUGAAAAACUUAUCAGUAUGCUACCUGAGAGUGAUAAGGAUAAACGGAAAGCUGAUUUUAUCACUUUACUUAAGGUGUGUCUGUGGUCCAACAAAUGUGAUUUAUCGUUAUCUAUGGGCGAACAAGUGACGUUAAAAAACGAGGGUACUGUAAAGAAAACACCCUCUAGAGACAUUCUUGACCCAUUUCAAAUGAUAUUAGAUCUUAAAGACAAGGUGCUAGUAGACGAUUCAGCCAAAAUUGCUGAUUUAGUUGUAUCGAGAGGCGAAAACAUCGCAAAAGCUAUUGAGGGGCCACCGGAAGCCGAACCUGCUGAAGGGGAGGCCCCACCAGAAGUACCCCCAUGUCCAGCCAAGUUCACAAUACCUCAAGAUGUUAUGUUUGAUAUAGUCUGUGAUAAUUCCGGAUAUGAACUCUUCACCGACCUCUGCUUGGCACAUUUCUUGAUUGCACAAAAAAUUGUACAAAAGGUUCGGUUUCACGUGAAAAAGAUCCCUUGGUUCGUGUCUGAUGUUACUCCUAGGGAUUUCAAAUUCGUAAUAAGCUCGUGUGCUCGAGGCAAUUAUAAAAGAGAAAUUCCACCAGACCCUAAACCAGAGCCCGCGGAGGGCGAAGCGCCAACUGAACCGGAUCCCCCGCGCGUCAUCUCCGCGGAUAGUUUGAGGCAAUUGGGAGAGCAAUGGGACAAGUUUGUACAAGAUGGGACUUUCGUGGUUCUUAGUGAUGAUUUUUGGACGUCCCCUCACGUUUACAAAGACAUGAAGCGAUACGACCCAGAUUUGUAUAGAAAGCUACAGUUCGCAGCGGCCAUUUUGUUCAAGGGAGACCUCAACUACAGGAAACUGCUCGGCGAGAAGAAUUGGAAUCCUACCACGGGAUUCGAACCUGCUCUACAAGGUUUCUUGCCUGCGCCGGUAGCUGCACUGCGCACAGUAAAAGCGGAUUUAAUCUGUGGCCUUCCGAAGGGUAAAUGGGAACAAUUAAACGCCCUAGACGCAAAAUGGAUGGAAAAGGGUGACUAUGGAGUAAUUCAAGUCUGCGCCAAGUGCGAGCCGCUAAAAGUGUCGGAUCGUCCCUGUCCGCAAUAUGGCGACACUUGCCGAGGAACUGUUUGCAACUAA